CAGAGCUGGACUGGAGAUGUGCAGAGCUGGGCUUGGGGUGUGCAGAGCUGAGCUAGGGGUGUGCAGAGCUGGGCAGGGGAUGUGCAGAGCUGGGCUUGGGGUGUGCAGAGCUGAGCUAGGGAUGUGCAGAGCUGGGCUGAGUAUUGUGUCUGCUUCUGGUGACUGGACCCUUCAUUGCUGCUGCUGAGGACAUGACAGCAGACACUGCAACCAAGACUGAAGAGAUCUGUCACUAAAAGGGGGACCAAAGACAAGUGCCAAGAGCAAGGGGAAUUUGCUCACUUUGCCAACAUGACUGAAGCACAGGACUCAUCUUUCCUUCUUGUGAAGAUUCUAGAAGACUUGGACUCCAAGCAAAACUCGGUAUCUUAUCAAGAACUUUGCAAGUCUUUAUGCUCACGCUAUGAUCUACCCGAACUUGCCAAGCUGCGUAGCCUCCUGUAUUAUACAGCUUGCCAGGAUCCUAGUUUCCCUUCAAGCCUUUUCAGAGAUAAGAUGAGAAAUGCUGCGGAGAACCAGCAGUCUAAAAAAAUAAUUGCAGCUGCAGAUAUAGUCACUAUAUUUAACCUAAUACAGAUGAAUGAUGGAGUUGCCAAAGAAAAACUUCCAAUGCAACAGCAAUCUAAGCAGAAGGAGUCAGAGUCAGAUACAGAUGUUUAUAGUGGGACAGAUAUGGCUCCACACAAGGAAACACAGAAGCGAGAUACUGGAAGGACUUAUUCCAUAACUAGGUCCUCCAGCUGCCACAAAGAAGAGUGCGAAGGUCGGCAUACUUUCCUCCCUGAACCAAACUUUCUUCUUGGAGUUAAACAGGAAGGAACUGUCCGAGCUGGUUCGUUAGACAGAUUGCAAGCACUAGAUUCGUAUCCUAUGGUAACACCUCAGUCUUGUGAAAUGCAAAGUACUUAUUUCCCCAGUCAGCCAAUGUCUGAGACAGAAUCAUUGCCACCCACACCUAACGAAGUACCAUUUCGCCUUUCAGCUUCCACAGGGCAGAGGAGGAACGUUUUCAAAGAUGAUUUUCACAGUGUUCUGAGAGUUUCUCCAGAUGUGACCCUGAAAAAGAAUGAAGGUAAAAUCAGCCCGAAAACAGUUUUCUUUAAUCACAGUUUUGAGAUGCCCUACAGCUCACAUUAUCUGAACACUGCUUACUCUUCUUCGGAGGACUUUAGAAGAGCAAAGCAUGAAAGCUUAGAUGAUCUUCAGGCUUCCACAUAUUUUGGGCCAACCACUGGGCUUGGAUCUCAAGAUCAGAAAAGGUUUACCAGCAAACAGAAGCAAAACUUAACCAAACCAGUGAAAAGCUGGAGCCUGAAUACUGAAGAGGUACCUGAUUUUGAACGCUCAUUUUUUAACAGAAAGGAGGAAAACCUAUGUUAUCCGAGCACUGGAUUAGUACAGACUGCAAACUUUGUAUCAGUCCCUGAGAGGCACCAUUCUUAUUUACCUGAUAUGGCAAUAAAGUCUAAUGGUAAGAAAUUUUGUGAGCCUCAAGACGUAGAGAAGCAAGAGGCGAUGAGGAGGUUCAGAGACAAGAACACAAAAAUUGCUUCCUGCCAAUUCAGCAUUGAAAAAACAGAAAGUGUUGGCACUCAAACUGAGCAAAAAGAGACGAAAAAGGGAAAAGAGUCAAAUACUCCUUCUGGAUGCAGCCGUUUUGUAGAAGGAAGGGCUCGCAAUCAGUCUGAGGCAGACUCUGAAAUCAUUAGUGACGAUAUAAGUGAUAUAUUUCGUUUCUUAGAUGACAUGAGCCUUUGCGGUUCCUCUGGAAUCCCUCAAUCAUCUUGCUACAACAGCAGUGGUUCUUUGGUGCAAACUCCACGAGCAGAUCUUGAAAGCUCUCCAGAGCAUGGAGCAAACAGAACAAAUAGCAAACCUACCAAAGGCCCACGGACAGAGACUGGAGAGGAAGAGGAGCUUAAAAGCAGCGUUAGGAAAUUAGUUCGGAGAAUAGGAGAAAUUGAGAGGAAACUGGAAUCACUGUCUGGUGUACGUGACGAAGUGUCUCAGGUGUUGGCUAAACUGAAUAAGCUUGAUGAGAGAAUACAGUCACCCCCAGAGAAAGGGAAGUUGGAAAUUGAAGGACAGGCUCAUAGCAGCGAUGCUGGUUCCAGUGCAAGAGUAUCCCCCAAUCCGUUUCCUGACCAAAACACAUCACACAGUGGUAAUGUGGAUAGUAAGCCAGAGUGCUGUUGUUCUGAUGUAAAUAAUAGUAUCAGUGAAAGCCUUCGAGUCAAAGCAUUGAAGAAGAAUCUUUUUACUCAGAGAUCAGUGCGUUCAUUGACAGAGGAUAUAACAAUAAAUGACUCUAAAAUUAGUAAUUCACCCCAUGAAGGUAGGCCGUGGGGAUUCUCCAAGCAGGCUAGUAUAACUGAAGAAGAAAAAAAAGAUAAAGGAGGAUCAAACAGCAGAGAUUGGCACCGCAAGUCUAAAGAGGUGGAACGCCAGCAAGACCUUCCCCAUAUGCAUAGGAUGGCCAAACACAAGGAUACUUACAUGGUGGAGCAGGUUUUUAGCCCACAUCCAUACCCAGCUUCCCUGAAGUCCCACAUGAAGAGUAAUCCAAUCUAUACAGACAUGCGUCUCACAGAAAUGGCAGAGCUAAAACGCACCCAGCCUUCGUGGACCAUAGAAGAAUAUGCACAUAACUCAGGAGAGAAAGGAAGGCUGACUGCUCUAGACCUGCAAACUCAAGAAUCCCUGAACCCCAAUAAUCUUGAGUUUUGGAUGGAAGACAUUUACACUCCAGGUUAUGACUCCCUACUGAAGAGAAAGGAGGCCGAGUUCCGUCGAGCCAAGGUCUGCAAGAUGGCAGCGCUUAUCACUGCGGCUGCUUGCACGGUGAUUCUGGUGAUUGUUGUUCCCAUCUGUACCAUGAAGUCCUAAUCUCCUGCAAAGGACAUAAACUUCAAAUCACGUUACCCGUGCAUUAUGCUCGUGGUGAUGACUCACAUGUCAAAAGAGCUGCAUUGAUCUUAGACAUAUACAAGCCAUUACAAACCUUUUAAAGAGCUAUUGUAAAAAUGCAAUCCUACUGUACAAUACGCCAGGCAACAAUAAAAACAGAAGGGGUAUAUUUACCAAGGACAUAAAUACUGCUAAAAAUCAGUGCUUGAUAUUUUGUGUCACCUGUUUAUUCUCUAAAUGCCUAUUUGGUAGGUUUUCUAUUUCCCAAAAAUCUUGACUGCUCUCAAAGGUAGGUAAAGUCUGUUGAAAAUGAAUAAAUAGAUUAACAUAACAUACAAAUAUCCAUUCUGUUCCGGGAGCAGAGCAGUUUAGAUGUUUGUUACGUUGCUACGAUGGUUACAUUUUCAGUUUUAGCUGCAGUAAUGUAUCAGAAGUGAAACUGCAGACCUUGAGUUUCCUUAUCUUGCUGUGAAUUCUCCUGUGUCCUGGACCCUGUCACUCUCCAUCCCUCUAUACAAUAUUGUGACCUACAUUUUACUGAAUAUUCAAUAUCUAUAUACAGAUACUAUAUUUUUUAUAUGUUGCUGCUUUGGUAGUCACUUAAUUUUGGUGGGGUGGUUAUAGUGCCUAGAGUCCCCUGCCACUGUCCUUCUAUUUCAUAUUAAAUUGUUUUUGAAUGUUUGAGAGACACAGCAGCCUGUCCCCGAGACGGUUGCUACCCAACUAUAAUUUGCACUAAAAAAAGAAAAGAAAAAAAAAAGAAGCUUUUCAGGGGAGUUGUUCAGCAACAUUUAGCACACUUUUGAGAGUAUGAGUCAUGCGUGAAGGUCUACAAAAUGCCAAAACCACAGAAUAUUCAAUUAAAAUACACCAUAGACUAUCUAUGAUUUUUAUUUUCUAACGACAAAGCAUUAAAACAAACAGCAAUGAGCAACGAUAAUUGACAGUGUCAGCUGACCGUACAGGCUAUCACAGCCACCCAUUCCUAGUAUGAAUUGGUUUGGCUAAGGACAAGUGCAGUAUCUUCCUUAGACAUACCUCCAUUGGGUCAGGAAU